AUGGAAGAGUUCCUCGCUGCCGCCAAGGGCGGAGUGACAUCGAUAUCUGGAGAUCAGUGGGUAGCCAUCCUGCGACGCUUCUCAACCGCUCACGAAGCGACCUGGGCGGUGAGUCCUGUCUGUGGGCUCGACAACAAGCGGAUUCUUGUGCGAGUGGUGGUGGAGCUUCUCCACCAUACCGUUGGGUUGAAUGGGAGACACAGGAGCCGGACUCUUGGUCCGGGAGUGGAGGCUGAGGCACUGUUGGCGGCUCGGAUACUGCUGAGAGAGAGGGAGGGAGCUGAGAGGCUCAUGGACCAGGAGGCUCUGGAGACUUACACCAAGGCUGCACAGGAGGAUGGCGACGCGGCAUGUGGGUUCCGCGUGAGCUUAAUGGCCCUGAAGUGCCUGAACAAUGCCGUGUGGGACCAGCCGAAGGGGCAGAUCUCCUUCGUGCAGCUGGGGGGACUGGACAUGCUGGUCGGUCUGCUGCAGGCCUCUCGACCAGCGUCCGUGCUGUACUUCGCGUGCCGCAUCUUCAACGUCGUCGGUUCCUCCAACCCCACCGCCUUCAACGAGCUCAAGAAGAAGCAAGACUUGCUGCUGCUGCUGCUCUCGGUCCUAGCUGGCUGCGUUCGGUGCACGCAUCCGCCAUUUCCGGGAGGCGAGGACCGUGUCAAGCUCAUGGUGCAAGCGCUGCAGGGCCUCUUUCUUCUGGGCGUCCGAUUCACACAAGAGGAGAAGAAAAAAGCUUUGGAAGGGGACACCAUGAAGCGGCUCGGGUACGUGUUGGUGGACAUCUUGCAUUUGGACCACGCAGAGAUCGACGUCUUCAUGGCCAAGCUGCAAGUGCUGAACUUGCUGCUAGACAUGCCUGGUGGCUUUGCGGAGGUGCUGCUUGAGCACGGCUGUCUCCCUCGAGUUGUUCAGCUCGUGGAGCUACAGCUUGUGCGACAAGAGUUCCAGGAUGGCGGUGUCGACGCAGCCGCUGAGCUAACCCCUGGGCUGCUGGUGUUGAAUAAGAUGGUGCUGGCAUCGGAGGAGUCCAAGAUGGCCGUGAAGAGAGCGAUAUUUCCCCCCGAGGCUGAUGAGGUGUGGAAGCAGAGGCUGGAGCGAGAGAAGAGAGAGCUCGCAUCUCUAACAGGCGAUAACUACAAGAGAGCCGAAAAAAUCAGCAAGGACAAGAGGGUUCACCCCGUGGACGCGCCGAAGGGGACGCUUAGAGCCAGGUUCCUGAAGCAGAUGACGGCAACAGAGUCCUCCUCGAAAACGGCAGUGUCCGAUCUGCUGUUCAAUCUCUGCGUAGACGAAGAAGAGUUCACCACAAGGUGCGGCUUUGGGAACGCCGUCAACACCCUUAGGCUCCGAGGGAUGAUCUCGGUGCCUGGCAUAGGAUGAGUUGAUGCCAAGGGACUUUCAAAACGUCUGUUGGAUUGCAGAGGACGUGUUGUAGCGAGAAGUCACGGGCGUCUCUUGCCGCAUUUGCAAGCAGCGUGACCAUGCA